AUGUUCCAUAGAAAACGAGGCGCGGGGGCCCCCAUGGGGCCCCCCCUGACGUUUUCUUUGCGUGGAUCUGUGUGUUCAUGGGUGGGGUUGCUGUUGCUGCUGCUGCAGCAGCAGCUGCUGCUGCUGCUUGCCCCUCCUGUGGGGGCUCUUUCUCUACUUCCUCCCCCAAGAGCAGCAGCUAAUAGCAGCAGUUUGCUGCUGCCUUCUGUGUCUCUGGGGGCCCCCUCUUUGCAGGGGACCCCACGUUGGUUGGGGGCCCUCAGAGGUGGGGGGCUCUUCGGUAGCUCAGGGUCAAGCGCAGCAGCAGCAGCAGCAGCAGCAAAGGGGGGCCCCCAGGGGGGGGCCUCUGGAGGGGCCCCCUUUGGGGGGCCCCCAUCGGGUACGGGUAGUGGUGGUAAUAUUAAGAGGCCCCCCAAUCUAUUGACUUUGGGGGCCCCACACUCUUCGGAUGUUGCUGCGGUGUAUAUACACCCGAAGAGAGCUAGGGCGCUGCAGCUGCAGCCAGGAGCUCCGCUUGUAUUGCAGGGGCGUAGAAAAAGAAAAAGUGUUGGGGUUUUAAUAGAAGACAAGGAGUUGAAGGAAGAUGAGGUCUCUGUACACCCCAGGGUGUAUGCGCAGCUUAAGCUAUAUGAAGGUGACCUUCUUCUUAUAGAGCGCUUAGAUGUUUUACCAUUGGCUUCUCGGGUGUACGUGCAGAUAUUUAAUGAUAGCUUUCCAUUCCUAGGAGCAGCAGCCGCAACAGGGGGGGGCCCCCGUGGGCCCCUCGAUAAAGGGGGGCCCCCAGGGGGCCCCCAGGCUUGGGAAGCGGUGCUGCAUGCAAUAGAAAGCUUCUUUAACUCACGUCCUAGACCCCUCCGUGUUGGUGAUCAAUAUAAAAUUCCGGUGUAUGUACAGGGGAGACGAGGAGAAGAAAGAAGUGGUAAUAAUGCUGGGGGGCCCCCCUUGGGGGGGGCCCCUGGGGGCCCCCAGGGUUUGCAAGAAGAAAUAGAAAUAAAGAUAAUGCGGAUAGAUGGAGAAAAUAAACACGAUUUAGAAUUUGGGUUGGUGGGGGAACAAACAACAAAAAUAAUCGGAGAAGAUGGCCUAGAUAGAGAGGCGUUUGAUUCUGCUAGCGAGGUGACCUAUGACGACUUAGGGGGCCUCAAGAAGGAAGUGCAGCUGCUUCGGGAAUAUGUUGAGCUGCCUCUUCGUUUUCCUAAUGUGUUUAAACAGAGGGGGUCCUAG